AAGCCGCCGGAACUUAAACUACUUCACUAAUCCCUGUCAGUCGGUCUUUCCUCAGUGAUUUACUGAUUAAAAUAAGAGAUGAUGUCCCGGUGCAGCAGGUAGCUGAGGAUGCUGGUCGGCUACAGCAGCUCGGAGGAGGACAGUGAAGCCGACGGUGAAGUGGCAGCAGCGGCUACUCGCGGCCAGAGUCUCCCGCGAAAGUGGAGAGAGGAGGGAGAUGAUGAUGAUGAUGGUGGUGGUUUACCGGCGAGGAAGAAACUCAAAACGGAAGAAGAGGCUCCUAAAACCAGGCUUCCUCUCCCCGGCAGCCUGCUGACCAUGUUUCCAGAUGAAGUGGACCCACACACUGAAGACAGCUCUCUUCAUGGCGGACGCAUCCGCUCCUUCAAACACGAGCGAGGAAACUGGUCCACCUACGUUUACUUCCCAUACGAUCCUGAGGAGGAGUUUGAGGAGCUGCUGGAGGAGCUGCUGUCGGCAGCAUCUAACAGAGGCGUGCUGUUAACCCAGCAGGAGGAGUUUCACCUCAGUUUGUCCCAGACGGUGGUGCUCAGACAUCACUGGAUCCAGCCCUUCACUCAGAGCCUCAGGGCAGGACUGGCAGGCUGCAGAAGGUGUGUGAGUUCAGCAGGAAGACUGAGGGUCUACUGUAACGCAGAGAAGACGAGGACGUUCCUGGGGAUGGAAGUGUCUACUGGGCACGCUCAGUUGUUGGACCUGGUCCGGGUUGUGGACAAAACAAUGACAGAGUUCCGCCUGGAAACUUUCUAUAAGGAACCUUCGUUCCACGUCAGUCUGGCCUGGUGUGUCGGAGACCAGACGGUGCAGAUCAAGGAGUUCAUACAGGAGCUGCAGACUUUGAUAGACGACCGUGAAGACGGGCCGUUUGUGCUGCGGUUGGACGGCGCAGAGCUUCGCUGCCGGACUGGAAACAAGACUUUUCGCUUCCCUCUGGAGCCCUAAAACUGAAACUGGUUGUCGGUUCCCACAAUGCAAAGCUACGACAAGGACUCAGCAGUUUCUAUACGGCUGUUACUCAAAUGUUGAAGGGUGAGAAACGGUUCAGAAACACCUGCCGACAGACGUGUGACGUCCCAACAAAGACAAUCAGCAGUCGUUUGUUCUUCCUGCAUUAUUUAUUACUGUUUAUAAAUAAAGCUUUACUGGUUUUUACUUA